AUUAAAGGAUGGAAGGAAAAAAUUUUCUUCGUUGAUGACACUGAGUGGGAGAGGGGAUGCCGAGGUAGAAUUUUUGUCAUCUUGGAAGGCUAAGAAAGCCAACCAAAAUAAGUAUAGUUUGAAUGAGGAUGAGGAAGAAGAGGUGGGGAAGUUGGUGAGGGAGGGGGGUGAUCUAGUAAAUAUCAUGUACCUCACCAGCUCGGAUUGCAUAGAGACUGCUAAGCUCUAUAGGCCAAGCUCUUUAAGUGAAGCUGAGAUGGAUAAGUUUUUGAGUGCUGCUGGGGGGGUGGCUAUUCCCAAGAAGCCGAGGAAGAAGUCAAGGACUUCAACUACGAAGGUGAAUGAGGGAGGAGCUGGGAGGAAGUUGGUGCCUAGCACCUCAGCUGGAGUUCAGGAAGUGCAAUCGAGGCAAGAUCCGAAAAGGAAAGGGGGUGAGGAGCUUGAUCCUGAGCUUAGGGAGACUGAGGUUGAGGAGGCUGAGGUUAGGGCCCUUGUGGACAAGCGUCAGGCUAAAGAAGAGGUACUGAGGUAUACUAGGGCGACAGUGGUUAAGCACGCUCUAGAGUGUGAGCAACUGCAAAAAGAGAAGGAUGAGCUGGAGAAGCAGAAUAAGGAGAUGCGAGAGUCGUUAGAUGAGGUGGUACCAGCAGUGAAACAGCUUGAGGAGGAGAAAGAUUCUCUGAGCACUAAGCUCGUUUUUGAAGAGAGAAAAAGGAAGAUCUCUAAAAGUGAGCGCAAUGCUCAAGAAAAGGAAAUAAAAAAGAUGAAAGAUGUUGUGGUUGAGCUGAAGAAGAAUGUGGAGCUAUUGGUACACAAUGCAAUGGAGGAGCAUAUUGUAGAUUUCCUAAGGUCUGGGACUUUUGAGAAUAUAGUCAACCUAUACUGGCUACCCACUAUAAUUUUGGCCUUCAUAGACUGUAGAAAGAAAGUGAAGUCGCAAUAUCCCGAAGUAGAUGUUACGAGUGUCACCUUUGGUGAACAAGAAGAAGAGAUGGAGGAGAAUGUUGAAGAAGAGGUUGCAGAGGUAGAGGAUAUAGAAGAAGGGAAUCAACCACCUCAUCCAGUGGAAGUGCAUACGAUUCCUUCAGAAGAGAACCCGCCAGCUCAACUAGAAGUAGGAUUGCCACCUCUUUCUACUGAGGAACAGCCACCUCCGAAGUAGUUAGGGUGUUCCUUGUUUUUUUGUUAUGUUAAUAUUAGAACAAUUUAUGGUUUGAACAGUUUGUAAUGUUUUUUAUUCAAUUUUAAUGAAAUUUUUUUAAAAUU